AUGGCUCUCGACAACUACUAUCGCAACAAGAUUGAGGGCCUCAAGCUCGAGAUUAUUCAGGGACAGGCGGUUCUACGACGAUUAGAGGCGCAGCGAAAUGACUACAACUCGAGAGUGCGCCUGCUACGAGAAGAACUGGGCCUACUCCAGCAACCCGGUUCCUAUGUCGGCGAAGUGGUCAAGGUCAUGAGCACCAAGAAGGUGCUGGUGAAGGUACACCCGGAGGGCAAAUAUGUGGUCGAUAUCGCGGACGGCGUUGAUAUCGCGAAACUGACAGUCGGAAAGCGAGUGUCACUGCUGUCGGAUUCAUACAAACUGGAGAAGAUGCUACCUUCCUCAGUGGAUCCUCUGGUCUCUCUGAUGAUGGUGGAGAAGGUGCCCGACAGUACAUACGACAUGAUCGGAGGUCUAGAUCAGCAGAUCAAGGAGAUCAAAGAGGUCAUCGAACUGGGUCUGAAGCACCCGGAACUGUUCGAGUCACUUGGUAUCGCACAGCCCAAGGGUGUGCUGCUCUAUGGUCCGCCCGGAACGGGUAAGACCCUCCUGGCUCGAGCUGUCGCCCACCACACAGACUGCAAGUUCAUCAGAGUGAGUGGAUCGGAGCUGGUGCAGAAGUACAUUGGUGAAGGUAGUCGAAUGGUGCGCGAGCUGUUCGUGAUGGCGCGAGAGCAUGCGCCCAGUAUCAUCUUCAUGGACGAGAUCGACAGUAUCGGUUCGAGCCGUGUGGAAGGUAGCAGCGGAGGUGACUCGGAGGUGCAGCGUACUAUGUUGGAGCUGCUGAACCAGCUCGACGGAUUUGAACCUACCAAGAAUAUCAAGGUCAUCAUGGCCACCAACCGACUCGAUAUUCUCGACCCAGCCCUCUUGCGACCGGGACGUAUCGACCGAAAGAUUGAAUUCCCCCCGCCAACGGUGGAGGCUCGUGCGGACAUUCUGCGUAUUCACUCGCGGUCGAUGAACCUCACUCGAGGUAUCAACCUGUCCAAGAUCGCAGAGAAGAUGAACGGCUGUUCAGGCGCUGAGCUUAAGGGUGUGUGCACUGAGGCAGGUAUGUAUGCGCUGCGUGAGCGGCGUGUACACGUGACGCAAGAGGACUUCGAGCUGGCGACAGCUAAGAUUCUCAACAAGCAUGACGACAAGGAGGUUUCUCUGGGCAAGCUCUGGAAGUAA